UGUCCAACCUGUGCUGUGUCUUCCUCCUCAGGUUCUAACUUAUGUCCUCGCAGUUUGGACUGUGCCCGAGCAGGACGGCACUUCUGCCGACAAGGCAGCUCACACUGCGGGCCCUGCCUGUACCCUCUGGUGGAGGAUCAUCAUGGCCGCUGUGUCGACACGAGAAGACAUCUUCAUUCUGCUCAGGCUGCUAAAGGUAAGGUGAGGGUUUACCCUGAGCUGGAUGAGGAGAUUGAUGUCUUGUCAGGCAUCAUCAGUGAGCAGAGAACCGAGUCCAGGAUGCCAGUCCCACCCUCCCUGGACAUGAAGGCAGAGCAGCUCAUCAGGCCAAUCUCCAGACACAGAGGAUCUCCCACAGACCAGCCCAGCAGCCUCAGCAUCACACUCAGCACUACAAGUCCAUCUUCUACUACCAGCUGCAGCCCUGGUCAGCUGGGCGAGCCCCGCAUCACUGCCUACCCCCGCAAUGACCAAGUGUUUCUCAUUAUGACCAGUGUGAUUAUCGCAGUGUGUUUGCUGGUCUUGGUCAUAUCUGGAAUCUGCUGUGUCAGAAUGAUGAGAGAAGCAUAUCUGGAGGCUCAAAAGUUGGACUAUCCUGCAUGUGAAACUCAAAAUUUUGUAAACUUUCCUGGGGACCAGAAACUGGCCCACAGUGCCCAGAUGUACCACUACCAGCACCAGAAGCAACAGAUGCUUUCCCUGCAGCAACGCAGUGAUGAGCUCAGACCACCCGACACAGGAACAUCGACAGAUGAGGAGAAUGAUGGAGAUUUCACCGUGUACGAGUGUCCUGGGCUGGCACCAACAGGAGAGAUGGAAGUGAAGAACCCGCUGUUUGACGACGCCAACCUUUACCUACACAGAUUCCACAAGCUCACAUGUCUGAGUCUGGAGGUUCCUGCCUGCCUCUUUGCAUCUGCUCUGGCACAGAGCUCAGUCAGGAUGGGCACCAGAGACACUUUGAGGCAGGAAUCUGGAGAUGAAGCCUUGGCUCUGUCUUAUCAUCGGUGAAGAUGUGAAGGAGCUCGUCAAAUACACAAACCCCUCCAGCAGACAUGUGGUUUAUCCAGAUUGACAGAACUUGUGGAGCAAAACAGACAGUUCAUGGGGCAUGCAAAGCAAAGAUCAAAUUGUCAUGUUGCAUUUUUAUUUAUUUUUAUGGGGUUUUUUUCCCCUCUGCUGAAAGCUAAACACAAAUCCCUGCUGAUUUCUCUUUAGGUUGUUCUCCUCCAGAUUAACAAUUCUGUAAAGGAGCCUUAGAACAAUACAAACUGUCUUUGGCCUCUUUAUUUGUUCUCUGUAUGUUUAGCUUGCAUGUGCAUAUAUCAAAGCUGUAAUAAAAUAAAUAAAUAUUUAUAAGGUCUUAAGUGGAAACUGCUUUUGUCCUUUCAUUUUUUGUAAGAAACAGAUAUGAAUCUCCAUUUGAACUGUGUCUAGGAAACUGUUUAGUCAUGUAUAAAGGGAAAAGUAAAUCAUACACACCCUUCAUACACAGGCUGGAUGUGUGUUUUUAGUCCAUGAAGACUCACAUCCAGCUGAGUGUCUGAGAUGAUCUGGAUUACCAGUCUAGUCUGAUCCCACCUCUCAGUGAGUUCAAGAAGAAACCAAGAAAAAAAAUGAUGAGGGAAUUUGGGGGAUGUUAAUAUUGUAUUCUGUUGUACAACACACAUUAAAAAUACCAACAAAUA